GUGGUGGCUCAAAACUCAGAAAGGACCGUUUGCUUCUCCCCAAAAUUUCACCCUCUCUCUCUCUCUCCAAAAUUUCUUCCUGAAACGAAAAGAAACAGAAAAACAAUUAACAAGAACACAAAUUCUCAGAAAAAAAAAAAAAAAAAUUGAUGCGAGAAGGAUUGAAAGAGACGGCGAUAAAAGAAAACAAGAGACCUUUUUUUUUUUUCCUUGUAUUUUUCUGAAUUUCUGAUAAAACCCAUUCGUGGUUCUGAUCUCUAGUCGCGUGAACGAAUGCAAAGAAACCCAAAGAAGGGUUUUCAUUUGUGCGUUUAAUCGUAGCAUUCCAAAAUCCCAUCUUAAAUGGGGGGAUUUUCUGACAAUGUUCAUGGACUUGUCUUAGCUCUGUCAUCUAGCAUUUUUAUUGGAUCCAGCUUUAUUAUUAAGAAAAAGGGUCUUAUGAAGGCUGCUGCCACUGGAAAACGAGCAGGUUCUGGAGGCCAUUCUUACUUGUUGGAACCAUGGUGGUGGGCUGGGAUGAUAGCAAUGAUUAUUGGUGAGGGGGCGAAUUUCGCUGCUUAUGCAUAUGCUCCAGCAAUCCUUGUGACUCCAUUGGGAGCUUUGAGUAUUAUCUUCAGUGCAGUGCUAGCCCAUUUUAUCUUGGAAGAACGGUUGCAUAUCUUUGGUGUGGUUGGCUGUAUCCUCUGCCUUGUCGGGUCAACCAGUAUCGUAUUACAUGCCCCUUUAGAAAGGAAAAUUGACUCUGUCAAGGAGAUCUGGAACCUAGCAACCGAGCCAGGAUUCAUUGUCUACACCUGCGUAGUUAUAGUUCUGGUCUUAGUCCUUAUUUUUCGCUACGUGCCACGUUAUGGACAGUCACAUAUGGUCGUCUACAUUGGAAUUUGUUCCCUCAUGGGGUCACUCACGGUUAUGGGUGUAAAAGCUGUUGGAAUAGCUCUGAAGCUUACGAUUGAAGAAACAAAUCAGUUUAAGUACUUCCAGACAUGGUUUUUCACGAUAUUUGUCAUCAUAUGUUGCAUUUUUCAGCUGAACUAUCUGAACAAGGCACUGGAGACCUUCAAUACAGCAGUAGUUUCACCCGUGUACUAUGUCAUGUUCACGACACUCACCAUUCUAGCUAGCGUGAUCAUGUUCAAGGACUGGGAUCACAAUAAUGCAACGCAGAUAGUAACAGAACUAUGCGGGUUCGUAACCAUCCUCUCGGGGACUUUUCUCCUGCACAAGACGAAAGACAUGGGAAGUGACACCUCGACAACUUCCCCAGCUGUCGAUUCCCCGGACCAGAAUGGAACCAGAGGCGACAAUAGAAGUCAAGAAACCAAUGUCUGAAGAAUGGUAAUGGUUUUAUAGGAUUCAUCUGUGGAUUGUGAAAAUCGGAAAAGGAACAAACUUUGAGAACCAAGAACGGAUAUGUUCAUGUGAGGGAGCACACUAGCAAGCUUGCUGUGUGGGGCAUUUUUCUGGGCUUUAUGCUCUUUACUUUGACUCGGAGCCGCUUUGCAAAACACAUAAGAUGAGUUUGAACUUGGUCAAGUUGCCUGCCCCCCAGUAAAUAAAAGUCAGCAUUAAAAUGAAAUGGCAUUUUAGAUCCUCCACCCAUUAGUAGUAUAGAAGAGAAUAAGUCUUAGCUCCGUGAUUAGAUCUUUUUCUGUUAGCUUAGCGAGCCCAUAGUUAAAGGUAAAUGUUGCUCUAUUUCUAUUUGUAUAGGGUUGAUGUCAAUUUUACCAAUUAAGUACUCAACUAUUUAAUUCUUACUCAAUAAUUCACAAAUCAAUCCUUCGUUGAGGACCUUAUUGAGUAAGAAUUGAAUAGUUGAUGACCUUAUUGAGUAAGAAUUGAAUAGUUAAGGACCUUAUUGAGUAAUGAUUGAAUAGUUGAGAACUUAAUUUGCUAAACUCGAUAGUUGAGGACUUAUUUUUGAAUUAUGCUAUAGUUGAAGGACCAUUUUGGGUA